UCUGUCGCACCUCCGCACCAAAUAACCAAAGACAAACAAAAAGCUCUCUGCAUUGGACAAGUUCUCUCAACUCAGGUACCAAAUGGAGCCGUUCCCAUUACUCCUCUUUCUCAUAAUACAAGCUGGGAUUAGUUGCUAUGCUAGGAACAACUACCUGUGCAGCCCUUCAUCAUGCGGCGAAGUCAGCAACAUACACUAUCCUUUUCGAUUGAAAGAUGACCGGAGAGACUGUGGUGAUUCGAGAUUUGAGUUAACGUGUAAAGAUAACCGCACGAUACUUUCUUUGUUUGAUGGACAAUAUCAUGUGAAAUCGAUACAUCCUGAUAUUGUUUUGGAUUCCAUCCCUUGGAAUGAUGGGCGUAUGGAAGUAGUGGACGUCGGCCUACGAAAGGGCAACUGUUCCUCCCUUCCUCUCCGCCAGUUAGUGCCCUAUAAUUUCGGUGAUGAAAAAUAUGAACCGUACCUCUUUUCCUUGGAACCAGGGUGGUAAUUGUAUCUUGCUCAAAGCAAGUGAGAUCUACUUCGUAUUUCAACACCGAACCAUGUAUAGUUACGGAAGGGUAUCAUUCAUAUGCCGUUAUCGACGCAUCGCCAUUGGAUAUUGAGGACUCUUGCACCAUAACCAGGUCAAUGUACGCAGCAGAAUAUUUAUUGUAUAAAGCGGAAGCAUUGUCCAAGGAGAAUCGCACGAUCUCCUAUAACGACAUCCACAAUGCGAUGGCCGAUGGGUUUAAUCUCUCCUACUGGGUAAGACCCAUCUACAGGGCGCCGCCGCAGAUGAAAACGUAUGACUUUUGCUUCUUAGGCUUCCGAUACCUUGGGGAAAGAUGCGCAUCCUAUGACUACUACAAUUCUUCCUGGGGCACGGCGCUAAAUGUUGCAUUGAAUACCGUUCCUAAUCCUGGCUUUGUCUUCGUUCACUUCCUAGCAGUAAAAUACAUAUUCGGAGCUCCAUGUGUUUUGAUACUUCUAAUCUAUAAGUGGAUGAGAAGGCACCGAGCAAUGGACCCAAACAUUGAAGAAUUUCUACAAGCUCGCAACAACUUUUUGCCCAUAAGGUACUCUUACUCAGAUAUCAAGAAGAUCACAAAAAAUUUCAAAUACAAGUUAGGUGAAGGGGGCUAUGGUUCCGUGUACAAAGGAAUACUUAGAAGUGGCAAUGAAGUUGCGGUUAAGAUUUUGAAUAAACCAAAAUCUAACGGCCAAGAUUUUAUAAGCGAAGUGGGGACAAUUGGAAGGAUCCACCAUGUUAAUGUGGUGCAACUUGUUGGUUUUUGUUUCAAUCAUUCCAAACAAGCUCUUGUCUAUGAUUUCAUGCCGAAUGGAUCUUUGGAGAAGCACAUUGUCUAUAAGGAUGGAGAAAAUUCUUUGGAUUAUAAGAAAAUGUAUGAGAUCUCUCUUGGCAUAGCUAGAGGCAUAGAGUAUUUACAUCGAGGAUGUGACAUGCAAAUUCUACACUUUGACAUCAAGCCUCACAAUAUUCUCCUAGACCAGAGUUUGACUCCGAAAGUUUCUGACUUUGGACUUGCAAGACUUUACCCUACCGAUCACAACAUAGUAACGUUGACUGCAGCAAGGGGAACCUUGGGAUAUAUGGCACCCGAGCUAUUCUAUAGGGACAUUGGCGGCAUUUCUUACAAAGCCGAUGUUUAUAGUUUUGGGAUGAUGUUGAUGGAAAUGGCCGGUAGAAGGAGAAAUGUAAAUGCAAACGCAAAGGAUUCAAGUCAAAUUUAUUUUCCUUUAUGGGUUUAUGACCAACUUGGCAAAGAAAAGGAAGUUGAUAUGGUAGAGGCCACAGCAGAGGAAAGAGAGAAGACGAGGAAGAUGAUAAUCGUUGCUCUUUGGUGUAUACAACUGAACCCUAAUGAUCGACCGUCGAUGAGCCGAGUCCUUAAUAUGCUAGAAGAAGAGAUUGAUGAACUACAGGUUCCCCCAAAACCACUUCUAUAUCCAACGGAGCCAGUUGCUGAUGUCAAUUUUGAGGUUGAACUUGAAACUCUCUCAUCUUCUUCAAGUGUUCCAACAAUUUCUGGUAGUUAUCAAUACGAGUACAAUAACAAGAUUCUACAAUCUUGUCCAGUGUGAUUUUUUCCCUCUUGUAGAAAAUGAAUGUAAGUUAAAAGUAGUACUUGUGCGUGACAUUACUGGUAUAAUCCUCGAGGUUAUCUAUUGGUAGCCACUUUAUUCAAGCGUGUUUUCCUGGUUUUCUUGCUUUGUGCGAGGUUUUUCUAUAAGAAACUUUUGGUCCUAUUG